AUGUGCCUGGCUGGGUGCACACCCCGCACGGCGGCGGCGCCAGGACGCGGAGCGCUCCCCGGAGCCCAGCUGCCUCGCUCGGCUCCGGCGGUCGCGACCAUGUUCCAGCCCACGGCCAAGCGCGGCUUCACCAUCGAGUCCUUGGUGGCUAAGGACGGCGGUGCCGGCGCGGGCACGGGCGGCGGGGGCUCGAGCUCGCAUCCCCUGGCGGCCGCCGCCUCGGAGGAGCCACUCCGGCCCACGGCGCUCAAUUACCCUCACCCCGGCGCGGCCGAGGCGGCGGCGUUCGUGAGCGGCUUUCCCACCUCCGCCGCUGCCGCCGCUGCCGCCGCCGCCGCGGGUGCGGGUCGCUCGCUCUACGGCGGGCCCGAGCUGGUGUUCCCAGAGGCCAUGAACCACCCCGCGCUGACCGUGCACCCGGCACACCAGCUGGGCACCUCCCCGCUGCAGCCUCCGCACUCCUUCUUCGGCGCCCAGCACCGAGACCCUCUCCACUUCUACCCCUGGGUCCUGCGGAACCGCUUCUUCGGACACCGCUUCCAGGCCAGCGAUGUGCCCCAGGACGGACUUCUUCUGCACGGCCCCUUCGCGCGCAAGCCCAAAAGGAUCCGCACGGCCUUCUCGCCAUCGCAGCUGCUGCGGCUGGAGCGCGCCUUCGAGAAGAACCACUACGUGGUGGGCGCCGAGCGCAAGCAGCUGGCCGGCAGCCUCAGCCUCUCGGAGACGCAGGUGAAGGUGUGGUUCCAGAACCGCAGGACCAAGUACAAGCGGCAGAAGCUGGAGGAGGAAGGACCGGAAUCUGAGCAGAAGAAGAAGGGUUCCCACCACAUCAAUCGGUGGCGCAUCGCCACCAAGCAGGCCAACUGCGAGGACAUCGAUGUCACCUCCAAUGACUAG